AGAGGGGAGACUCGGGGGCGGAGAUCGCGCAGCUCCCAAAGUCGGACCGCGCGCCAGGCGAGAGGAGAGGCUGAGCCGAAGAAGGAGAGAGAGAGAGAAGCCGCCCUCCGCCGCAGCUCCUUCUCCUUUGCUGCCCCACGCAGCUGUGCCGCGCCAUGGGCUGCCUCCUUACCGCUGCCUUGCUCGGGCUUCUGCUGCUUCUGCUGCUGGGGGCUCUGCUGGCUUCUCGCUUCGGCAGAGCGCGGCGACCGGGUGAACCUCCGCUAGAUAAAGGUCUCAUUCCUUGGCUUGGGCAUGCUCUGGAAUUUGGCAAAGAUGCCGCCAGAUUCCUAUCUGACAUGAAGAAGAAGCAUGGUGAUAUUUUCACACUUCGAGCAGCAGGGAAAUUUAUCACCGUCUUAUUGGACCCACAUUCCUACGAAGCAGUCCUUUGGGAGUCUUGCUCCAAGCUGGACUUUGGCCAAUAUGCACGCAUUUUAAUGGACCGAAUGUUUGAUGUCAAGCUGCCGGAUUAUGACUCUAAUGAGGAAAAGGCCAUGCUGAGAAUGACUCUGCAAAACAAGAAUCUUCCCUCCCUGACAAAGGCAAUGUUCUUCAAUUUACGAACCAUUCUGCUUUCUGACCCAAGUAGAGCCAGCCAACAGUGGAAAGAGGAUGGUCUGUUUCACCUGUCCUACAGUAUAAUGCUCAGAGCUGGAUUCCUGACACUGUUUGGCAAUGAAGGAAAGGAUUAUGAUUAUGGUCCGAAUCAAACUAAAGACCUGGCUUACUCCCUGGAAAUAUACAAUGAGUUUUAUAAACUGGACCGUCUUUUGAUGAAAGCUGCCCGCUCCACCUUGAGUGCAGUGGAAAAGAAGGAAUUUGACAGUAUCAAGAAUGAUCUCUGGAAAUUACUAUCCAUGGAAAGGCUGGAUGGCAGAGCAAACCGAAGUCUAUGGCUAGACAGCUACAAACAGCACUUGGUGGACCUGGGAGUGGAUGUUGAUACGCAAACAAGAGCAAUGCUGUUGCAGCUCUGGAGUACUCAGAGUAAUGCAGGGCCUGCAGUUUUUUGGCUUCUCCUGUUUCUUUUAAAAUACCCUUCAGCCAUGGCAGCAGUUCGAGCUGAAAUGGAAGGAAUCUGUGGAACCAGAAGACAAAAAAUUGGACAAAUGCAUGGAAUCAACCAAGAGAUUUUAGACUGUACACCCAUUUUUGACAGUGCAUUGAAUGAAACACUGCGUUUGACAGCAGCACCUUUUAUCACCAGAGAAGUCCUUCAAGACAUGCCUCUGAGACUAGCAGAUGGCAGAGAAUACAACCUGAGGAAAGGAGACAGGCUUUGCCUCUUUCCAUUUAUAAGCCCUCAAAUGGACCCCGAAAUCUAUGAGGAGCCAGAGAAAUUUAAAUAUGACCGAUUCCUCAAUUUGGAUGGCACAGAAAAAACAGAUUUCUAUAAAGGAGGGAAAAGGCUCAAGUAUUACUCCAUGCCAUGGGGAGCAGGAAUAAACACCUGUAUCGGAAAGUUCUUCGCAGUCAAUAGCAUCAAACAGUGUGUUUUCCUCCUCUUAAGCUGUUUUGAUUUGGAGCUGAAAGAUCCCAAUACGAAGAUCCCAGGCUUUGACAAGGAAAGAUAUGGCUUUGGAAUGUUACAACCAGAAAAAGAAAUCAUAGUUAGAUAUAAAUUGAAAGUUCAGUAAAAUUGUGCCUUUCUUAACCUAAUGGAGCUAUUCUGGGUAUUUCUUCAUUUUCUUCUAGAAAACAGCUGCUCAUUUUCUUCUAGAAAACAGCCGGCUGCCCAUUUGCUACCGGGCCAAGUUCAAGGUUCUAGUUCUGGUGUACAAAGCCCUAUACAGCUCAGGACCAGGGUGCCUGAAAGACCGUCUUACCCCUUAUAUACCCAGUCGAUCACUGCACUCUGCAGGUGAGGGCCACCUGCAGAUACCAUCUUAUCAGGAGGUUCGUUCUGCACAAUAUAGGAAACGGACCUUUAGUGUUGCAGCACCUACCCCGUGGAAUUCCCUCCCUUUGAAUAUUAGGCAGACGCCAUCUCUGCUAUCUUUUCGGCGCCUUUUGAAGACUUUUCUUUUUCAACAAGCCUUUUAAGUUGAGAGCUAUCCCAGUCUGUGUCUGUGUCAGAAUUGCUUAAUAUGUUUUUAAUAAUGUUUUUAACCCUUUUUUAAAAAGUUUUUAAAAUGUUUUUAAUGCUUUGUCUUGAUGUAUUUUAAGAUUUGUUUUUAUGAUGUUUUCAAGUGUUUUUAGUGCCUUGUUUGCCACCCUGGGCUCCUGCUGGGAGGAAGGGCGGGAUACAAAUUAAUUAAAUAAAUAAUAAUAGGUUUCAGAUGAAGUUUAUUUUGAUGUCACAUUGGUUGCCAAGGUGUAUUUAUAUGUUAUAGCCACAAAGAGGCCAUUUUAAAUUGUCCUCUGUGGCAUCUGCAAGCUUUUUAUUUGCAAAGGCUAGCCAGAUGGAUUUGGGCCCCCUCCAGAUUGGUGUUUUUUUGCCAGUGUAUUUCUGCAAAGUGUGACUGACAUAAUAAUGGUGCCUUAGUGGUGGAUUUAUACUAGACCAUCCAUACAUCAUUCUGUUUUAUUCGUUGCUCUGCAAUGCUUCCCCAGUGUUACUAUGAUAUUGCCAUUCAGAGAGGCACUCUUACACUAUCAUGCAACAAAAGCAGGACAAUCCUCCCUCCCCCUAUACAUUUCAUCAGGAACCUACGAGACACACGCCUAUUACAAAUGAAGCAGGAUGCUCAUCCAUAAACUUUUGCAGGCACAAACAUUAUUGAAAGCAGGAUUGUGUAUAACCAAUACCACCAUGAGCAUAAAUGGUCAUGCAUGUACAAUAAAAAGGAUGUCUGGUGGAGCCCUCGGUGACUUUCACCACAUCACUGCAAGCCAAUCUUUUUUGGAGCUACAAAGUAGUGUAUAUCCACAAAGCUGCUGGAAAAUUGCAAAAAUCUCACCAUGUCAAAUCCUUUAUAGUGAUCUCCAUGUGACAGGAACAAUGAGUAAACAACCUGCUUGAAUUCAAUGGGUAACAGAAAGGACUGAAAAGAUAAUUGACACACAUCUGUCAGGUUGACUAGUACUUGUUAAGUUAGUGUUUUAUGCUUUAGGGUUUUUCCAGAAGGACUCAAUGUCUGGUUGUCUGCAUAUCACAGAAAGGUGAUCCAGACAGUAGACCAUGAAAAUGACAAAACUAGCCUGGAUAAAACAGACCAAAUGGUGGGUUUUGCUAAUCUCUAGAUAACUAUGUACCUCUUUUUUUUUCUUCCUUGUCUGGUUUUCCUCACCCUCUGUUUUAUCACUAAAGUUGCAAUCCUGUGUAUACUUUACAGUAAGCUUCAUUGAACUGAGUGGACUUACUUCUGGGAAAAGUGUGGGGGGGAAGCAUGCUCUGAAUCACACAACCUUACCAGCAAGUAAGUGUCAUUGAACUCAAGGGGCCUUUCUUCUCAGUUGACAUGCAUAGGAUUAUGCUGCUAGUUACAGUAGUUAACAAAGCUUCAGUCAUUAACUGCAAACUUUAAAAAAAUUGAAGCCACCUGAAUAAAAAAAAUAGUUACAGAUACACUUUUCCUUUCUAGUGCUACUAUUUUAAGGAAGCCAAAUAUCAGUGACUAUGUAUAGGUAGACUAGAGACACACUUGCAUUUGUGCUGGCUUCAGUGCGCCUCCACCAACAUUUUCUGAAUACUAAUUAAACUCCACCCAUUUUUACUCCAAAACCUUGGAAGCUGCAAAUCCAGCAUGUUUUACCUUGGGCUAUGAACACACUAGUCGCCUACACUACACUAGUCGCUUGGAAGUCAGCUUCACACACAUUUCGUCUGGUAGCCCAACUACGCCCCUAUCUAGACAGGGACGACCUCGCCUCCGUUGUCCACGCUCUGGUAACUUCAAGAUUGGAUUACUGUAAUGCGCUCUACGUAGGGCUGCCCUUGAAGACAGUUCGGAAGCUUCAGCUGGUGCAGAACGCAGCUGCCAGAUUAUUGACGAGGACCAGUCGGUCUUCGCAUAUAACACCUGUCCUGGCGCGUCUGCACUGGCUUCCUAUUUGCUUCCGGGCGAGAUUCAAGGUGCUGGUUUUGACCUAUAAAGCCUUACACGGCGUGGGACCUCAAUACCUUGUGGAACGCCUCUCUCUCUAUGAACCUACCCGCUCACUUCGUUCAGAAUCUAAGGCCCUCCUCCGGGUACCAACCCAUCGGGAAGCCCGGAGGGUGGUUACGAGAUCUAGGGCCUUUUCUGUGGUGGCCCCUGAGUUGUGGAACAGCCUCCCCAAAGAGGUACGCCUGGCGCCUACACUUCCAUCUUUUCGGCGCCAGGUAAAGACCUUUUUAUGCUCCCAGGCAUUUUAAUCUUCUUAAUCUUUUUUUAACCUUUUAAUUUGUAUUUUUAAUUUUUGUAGUAUUUAUUUUGUUUUUGCUGUGCUUUUUGUUGUUUGUAUAUGUUUUUGUAUUUUUAUUAUGAUAUAUUGUAUUUUAUCUUGUUUGUUCACCGCCCUGAGAGCUAUUUUGCUAAGGGCGGUAUAUAAAUUGAAAUAAUAAAUAAUAAAUAAAUACGGA